CAAAAUUCCCAAGUGAAUCCCUUUUUUCUAUUCUGUCGCAGUUUCAAAUUCCGUCUUCCAGGUUUUGGGGAUGAGGAGAUACAGUCCACAAUACUAUAGUCCCCCCAGGAGAGGCUAUGGAGGUAGAGAAAGAAGUCCUCCUAGGAGGGGAUAUGGUGGCGGUGGUGGUUAUGGCAGAAGGAGGGAACAGAAUCAGGGAAGCCUUUUGGUUAGAAACAUUCCCUUAGAUUGCAGGACUGAAGAACUUCGAAUCCCUUUUGAGAGAUUUGGGCAUGUUAGGGAUGUUUAUAUUCCCAAAGACUACCAUACAGGUGAACCUCGAGGGUUUGCAUUUGUGCAGUUUGUGGAUUCUUAUGAUGCUGCUGAAGCUCGACGGCGCAUGAACGGGAAAAUAUUUGGUGGGAGAGAGAUAUCGGUUGUUGUAGCUGCAGAGACGAGGAAAAGGCCUGAAGAGAUGCGCCACAAGGCUAGACUUGGAGGACCAUCUGGCUAUGGGGGACGAUCAUCUUAUUAUGGACGUUCUAGGUCUCGUUCUCUAUCCCCUAUGCGCUCUCCUCACCACCCCUCAGGUUCUAGAGGCCGCUACCGCUCAAGGUCAUACUCCCCUGGCCCAAGACGUCGGCAAAAUUAUUCUGUUUCACCAGGUAGAAGGCAUGAAGAACAUCCAAAAUCUCCAAGAGGUCCUCCACCGGAACGAGAUGGUGAUUACGAUCACAGAUCAUAUUCUCCUGGAUAUGAAAAUGCUGACAUAAAGGGUUAUGGCGAGAGGCAAUCCUCAUACGAGCCGCCUGAGGACCCAAGAGCUGGAUUUGGGCCAUCUCCGGGUAGGGUUAGAUCAUCAAGGUCUCCAAGUAGAUAUUCAAGGUCUCCGUCCGGGUCCAGAUCGAGAUCUGCUGACCUUUACGCAGACAGAGCAGAUAAGUAGUAAAAACUUCAGCUUUUGGGUUCGUAUCAAGUGAUGGUUUCGAUAGUAGACUAUAUUUGUGUGGGGUCUAUCAUUUUGAAUAUAACUUCUAAAUCUGUGGCUUGCUUUCAUCGUUUGUUAUAUCAGAACUCUGAUGAAACAAUGACAUUCGAGUUCGAGUUUCGGUAUUUGAGGUUUGCUCCUUCCU